ACCAGAAGAUGCCGCCUACAAAGAGGUUGCUUUAUGCUAAGCAAGAACCACGUAAGCAGCCUGUUAUGUUUGAACCAGUACAGGAGAUCGCUAUCUACAUGCACAGGUUCCAUAAUCUCGACCUUUUCCAGCAAGGAUGGUACCAAAUCAAAAUUACAAUGAGAUGGGAGGACGGUAGAAACACCUCUCCUGGAACUCCUGCAAGAGUUGUUCAGUAUGAAGCUCUUGAUUUGGGCUCUGACGAUAUCAUUGGAAUAUGGAGGAUUGACGAUAAGGAGAACAGUUUCUCUACCCAGCCUUUUCGGAUCAAGUAUGCCAGGCAGGAUGUUCUUCUAUCUGUGAUGAUCUCUUUUAAUAUACCGUUUCGAAAGUUUGAGGUACCUGCCACAUCUGCUGUGAUUUUGAAGUUUGAGCUUCUGUAUACUUCAAUUCUGGAAAAUGGAAAUGAUUUUCAAGCAUCUCUAGAGGCACUUCCUUCUGCAGUACAUGAAUUCCGGAUUCCUCCCAAAGGGCUUCUGGGUUUGCAUUCAUAUCUCCCUGUCCAUUUUGAUACUUACCAUGCAGUACUUGUUGAUUCAAGUGUACAUGUCACUCUACUGAAAGCUGGAGCCUACACACCUCCAAAGAAGGUAUCCAGUGAUACUCUUAGAGUUGGAGAUGCUGCUCGUGAAAAUUGUGAUAAAUCCAAUCAAGUGUUGGACCAAGGGGCUUAUGGGGAUUCAAAACAGAUUUCAUUGCUGAAAGCAUUGUUAAUUGCUCGUGACAUUCUUCUAGAAGAAUUACAAAAGCUUAGCAAGGCCAUAGGUCAAAAAGUUGACUUGACUGAUUUUAUCUCUAAUAUGGGUGAGAGUAAAUUAAUUAGUCCCUACUUGCUAGGAGAUCCGAAUAUGGCAAGUAUUGGACUCUCAAAUGUAACGAUGGGAAUGAAAAAUGCAGCAAGUGAGCCACAGAAUAGUUUUGAGAAACCAAAUGGCAGUUUUUAUUUUAGAAGCGAUGAGGUGCUGCAGUCCCUAACUAAAGAGAAUCUGUCAAGUGCUUUCCUUUCAAUGGGCAACCAACUUUCAUUUUUGUGGAAUGUAUUUCUAAAGUUCCACAGGGCUAACAAAACCAAGAUAUUGGAAUUCUUGCGUGAUGCAUGGGCCAAUGAUCGUAGAGCAGAGUGGUCAAUAUGGAUGGUCUACUCUAAGGUUCAUAUGCCCCAUCAUUAUUUGAGAAGUGGAAAUGAUUUAUCAUCUCAACAUAGUGUACGUGGGGGAGUUUCAAUCGCAAAGAAGUUAAAUGAUGAUCCAGCUGAGAGUGCACAGGCACGUGCUGAGCUUCAUCGACGAAGUAUUGCACAAAUGAGAAUAAACAAUCGGUCAGUUCAAGAUAUGCAUAUUUUUGGAGAUCCUUUACGUGUCCCUGUUUUAAUUGUGGAACGGGUUACGAAUGCUCCUUUCCGUACUACAAGUGGAAAUUCCUACUUCAGCUCUCUGAACCUGAGCGAUACGCCUUCCAUACUUAUAGAACCCAACAUCAUGGCUGUAAAAAGGUUAUCUGCUGCUGGCACACAUAGAAAUGAUCGUGUAUUGAGGGUUGUGGUCUUUGUGCAUGGAUUUCAGGGACAUCAUCUGGAUUUACGGCUUGUUCGGAAUCAAUGGCUUUUGAUAGAUCCCGGAGCAGAAUUUCUCAUGUCAGCGGUGAAUGAAGAGAAAACAUCUGGAGACUUCAGAGAAAUGGGUUCAAGGCUGGCUGAGGAAGUGACUUCUUUUCUUAAAAAGAAAAUAGAUAGAAUGUCAAGAUCUGAAGGCUUCAGAAAUAUCAAGCUUAGCUUUGUUGGGCACUCCAUUGGAAAUAUCAUUAUAAGAACUGCCUUAACAGAGCUCGUGAUGGAACCAUUUCUAAAAUACCUUUAUACGUACUUAUCCAUGUCGGGGCCACACUUGGGGUAUUUGUACUGCCCCAACUCUUUAUUUAAUUCUGGGCUGUGGCUUCUAAAGAAGCUCAAAGGAUCACAGUGUAUUCACCAGCUUACCUUCACUGAUGAUUCAGACCUCCAAAACACUUUUUUCUACAAGCUUUGCAAGAGAAACACAUUGGAGAACUUCAAGAACAUAAUCCUGUUAUCCUCACCCCAGGAUGGUUAUGUUCCAUAUCACUCUGCUAGAAUUGAAUUAUGCCACGCAUCAUUAUGGGACUACUCUAAGAAAGGUAAAAUCUUCAUGGAGAUGCUAAGUAAUUGCUUGGACCAGAUCUGUUCCCCCUCCUCUGAGCGCCGAACAUUCAUGCGAUGUGAUGUCAACUUUGACACCUCUUCCCAUGGGAAGAACUUGGAUACCUUCAUCGGUCGGGCUGCUCAUAUUGAGUUCCUUGAGACUGACAUUUUUGCAAGGUUUUUAAUGUGGUCCUUCCCAGAGUUAUUCCAAUAAUGGUGGUGGAAGAAGUCCCUAUGUGUACCUCUGUCCUUCGGCUGAUAAAGUCUCGCCACACUAGAUUUCAGCAGAGCCCUUUCUCAAGCUUGAGUCGAUUUGGGCAUCAAGGAAUGAAGAUUGGGAUCUGACACAGGGUUAUCCCAGUUGAAUUCUUCCGGCAAUGGUGUAUAUCAAUGUUGGCAGACUUCAUCACCCUGGAGUGGAGGCAUUGUAAAAUAUGAUUUACUGU